AUGUCCACCACAACUCAACAACACCAAGAAUCCCAAGAAUCCCAAGAAUACAACAACCACACCCUCCCCAAACCCCCCUACAACCCACUAAUCAACCCCUCCAACACGCGCCCAAUCCUGGCAGACGAUACCCUAUCCCUCAAAUCCCACAUCUUCCUAACCCGCCCCUACAUAUCGACCCUCCUAUUCGAAAAUGCCACCUCCGAUGCCCGCGACCACUGCGCCAACGAGCGCACCUUCCUCUCCUGGCUCCGUCUCUCAAUGUACCUCGCCAUCGUGGCCAUCGCCAUCAUAAUCAGUUUCCAUUUCCAGACGCCGCCGACGGGAUUGGAGCGGCGGAUGGCAUUACCGCUAGGGAUUGUGUUCUGGGUGCUGAGUUUGGCGUGUCUCGUGAAUGGGUUUGCGAAUUAUGUGCGGACCGUCAAGAAGUAUAGCCGGAAGGCGGCGCUCGUGCAGAGUGGGUGGAAGACGCAGGUUACGUUUACGGUGGUCGGGACGUACAACUAA